UUAUAAAUAAUACUGAAGGUCUUUGCUUGGCAUGUAUCUUUGACUUUGUUUUACACAUAUGAAUGGACAGUUUAAAAGUUUAAAAAUAUCUUAUCUGGAUUAAUUUCCAAAAUACAGUUACUGGCGUAUUCUUUCUUAAUCAAUAAUUAAGAAUUUUGUUUUUCUGUUCUUUUGAUUUUUCUAAAUGUAUUGGUGAUAAAGGAAGUUUAUUUCAUUUUCUUUUCUUUGGCUGCUAUUAAUGUUGACCCUUUUACAUAUAUAUUUUGUCAACCGUUUCAUUUUAUUUUUCUUUUCUUUUUGAGUGUUCUGUUUAGAUGCUUUUACAUUAUUGGGAAGAUUUCUCACAAACAGUAAUCUCGCAGCCUGAUAAACAAGGUUGCUAUUCUAAGGCAUAAUUAAAACAAUGAACCACAAGUCCUCACUCUGAAAAAUUCAGAUGAUAAAAAAUAUUCUAUUAAUUUUAAAAGGUCAGUACAUAAAAGAACAUAUUAGACAUAAAAGACCUCUGCCUUGGAGCUACCAGGUAUGGCCAUUGGGGGAGAGUUUUGCUAAGGGAACCUUGGAGUGAGGUGCUGAGGAGGUUCAUGCCGCAGAAGCAUCGGAUGAGUCAGAGUUGUUCUUUGCAUGCAGUGUUCUCUGUGCAGCUCCACUUAUAAACAAACUAACUACUUGGCUUCAGAGAGGCUGUUGGAAAGUGGUCAGGGGUCUGGACUUUGGAGUCGAGCAUACCAGCUUGUUCACUGUUGCCUUAGCUCAGUAACCUCAUUGAUAUGUACCUCAGCCCCCUUAUCUGUAAAACAGGCUGGAAUUUGGGAAGCUUGCACUGGUUAUUAGAUGAGAGGAUGGAAUGGAAACCAGAGAGAUAAGAGCACUCAAAAAGUGGCAUUCUGGACUGAGGCCGUAAUCAAGAGCCAAGCAGUAGCCUGGUGGAAGCCUGGCCCUGAAGGGCCUGGGCAGUGACGCUGAAGCCAGGUCACAGUCCCUCUCUGUCUUCUUUCCUCCAUUUUUAUAAACGACUGCUGUGUGCCAAGCACUGUCCUGGACCCCAAGCAUCCAAAAGAUACCAAGUUUAUACCUUCAUGACACUUACAUUCUGAAGAUCAAAACAGACAGGAAAGGAGAAAAUCGAGGAAUGCACAAGGGAGGUAUGGACCGUGAACAUUACUAAGAAGGAAGUAAAUGAGGUGAUGUCGAAGGGAGACUGGAGGAAAGAGGAGGGACCAGAGAUGUCAGAGGGGCCUGGAGGCACAGCUAGCAGCUCUUGUCGUGAGUCUGAGGUCUCUGCCAGGAGGAGCUUAGAUCAAGGGCUGGGCUGGAGGUGGCGCCUCCUUCAAGAGCCUCUGGGAGGUUGAAAGUGCUUUCCUUCACUCAUUCCACCAGAGGUUCCUGAACCCCUCCUAUGUGCCUGGCUCUGUUCCUGUGCUGGGCAAUAGCAGGGGAGAAAAUGAAGCCUCGGCCCCCAUGAGGCUCACAUUCUGGUGAGAGAUGAGUCAUCAACAAACAAGCCAAAUCUCUUAGGUCGAGUGCAGAUAAGUGCGAGGAAGCAAAAUAAAGAGGGAUGAGAGAUAGGGUGAAGGGGGCAUAGAAGAAGGGGCUCUGCAGAUAUCUAGACAGAGUUGCUUGGCUGACUUCAAGAACAGCUGAGAAGCCAGCCCAGUGGGACCAACAUAAGCAAUGGGGAGGACAGACAGGGAGGCCCUGAGGGGCUGGACUGCUAGAGAUUUGCAGGCCGUGGCAAGAGUUGUCAUUUUGUGGUUGACACCCCAAGCAAGGGAGUUUGGUCAUUGACCUAGCUGUGCUGUAGAGUCCUAAAAUCUGAGGCCAUAUUGGAUAGUUGUAACUGGGAGAAGCGAGAACCAGAAGUCAAGGGUAGAUGGCAUCAGGGGAAGUGGGGUGCCCAGGUUCAAGCUUGAGAAACUAAAUCUGUAUCAGAUCCAAGGGGCCCCUUGAGAUGCAGAUGAAGUCAGAAGCUGAGGAAACACUAGCAGGAAGUAGUGGGUGGGAGCCAGGAGAAAAGUUGGCAGAUGUGGCAGUGCAUGGGCCUGGGCUUCCUGGGAAAGGGGUCUUAUUCACCUGCCAGGCAAGUGCCUUGACCUGGAUAUGCCUGGAAAACAUAAUUAAUUGAAUGAAUAAAAAGGUGCUUUGUAAACUCCAUCAAAUUAUUUGUUAUGCUAAUGUCAUCAUUACUAUUUCUCUAAUAAUCCAUGACACAAUUAGGAAGCACUAACUGAAGACCUCCUGAUAUUGCCCAUAUUUGAAUUCCACGUGGAUGUCCCCAGCACUUGGUGGGGAUCAUCCAUUCUUUUUGAACAACCCCAGUCAUGGUGGCAAGCUUCCUGCCUCCUCACCUUUGGAGAGCUCUAGGAUAUUAUUUUUUUUCUGAAUCACACACAUAUAUUUGUAAUGUUCAGCUUCAUCAGAGUUUGAUGAUGAUUAUAGAAUUCUUGAGUUGGAAGGAGCCAAAGUCAUGUCUCAGCUAACAUUAGCCAAUAAGCCUUCUUUGGUAGACUUCUUCCUCUAGAUAUUCUGUGGCUGAAUGGAUCUGGGCAUUGUUGACUUAAACAGAGACUAAAGGAAUUCUCUGUAGAGCCACAGUGACUCCCAUAGCGGGUCUAAGGCAUCUCCCAAACACAUUAGGCCUCAGAAUAUGUUCUUUAGAGGCAUCUGGCAGUGCUAGGACUUCUCAGAAGAUGCUGCAGGAAACUCUAAUUCAGCUCCUCCCCCUUCAUUCUAAAGUGGAAGAAGUUGAGGCCUUGAAGGGAGAAGUUUUCUGGAAUCAUCCAUUCAUUUACUCAGCCAACUUUCACUGAAUAUCUCCUUUACGGAUGGCCCUGAAGUUAGAUUAGAACUUUAUCCCUGACCUUAAAGAAGCUCCUUUUUUGUGAGGACACCAACACUUACACAAAUUACAAUGCAACUCAGUAAGUAUACUCACAAGGGAGCAAAUUCCCUGGAAGAAAUGUUUCAGCUGGGCUGUCGAGGACGGGAUGGAGUUUGAUGGAUGGGAAUGAAACUAAAUGGUGUUCCAGACAGAGCUCUUUGCGCCGGAGCACAAAGGCCUUUAGGGGAGGACAUGAGUAAGGAAUAGCAGGUGACUCAUUAGAGUGCAAGGGGAAGGUUCUGAUUGGAGGAGGAGCAGCCAAAGGUUGAGAUGGACCAGUGGAGUGGGGGGGGUCCCAUGGAGAAGGGUUUUAGACUUGUCUUGUAGUCCUGUGGGUUUUGAGCAAGGAAAACAGUCUUAGGAAGAUCACAGAAGCAACAGCUCGGAGACUGGCACACAGGGCUGUGACUUUGGAGAUCUGGACGACAUGGAGUGAUGAGUUUAGGACUGCAGCUGCCUGUGGUGCCCAUGUCUCCUGCACUCAUCCCAUAUCUCCUUUUGGCUGGGACUGGCUGGGGUAGCUCAGACUUGCAGACUGACCUCAAAUGACUGUGUGCAGGCAAACUCAUUCCACAAGUGCAGUGCAGAGAGCGACCCUGGUGCCAGCACAAUCAUUGUCUGAGAGGAGACAUGGAUAAAUAUGCCAGUCUUUUGCCUUUCGUGCAGACAAUUAUGGAAGAUUUCUCAGUAUCUCAUGUGGUCUCAGGAGAAUCGAGCCCCUGUUCUCCACCACACACCCUCACAUUGACGCACCUCUCUGCCUGUCUUCCUCUACCGGCUCACUUCUUCACUCUUGCUUCCUUGAAUUACCUUCCAAAGGAACCACUCCCAGCCCUUUUCUUGGGUUCUGCUUUUGGGGAAGCCCAAGCUAAGAUAGGGGCAUUAUUUUUGUUUUAUGUCAAAUGAAUCUAAUGCCACAUGGUCUGACUGGGUGAGUAACGUGGUAUUCUCUGGCUCAUUUAGAAAGGAAUGGUCAUCUUCAAGAUGUUUUUGGUCCUGCCUGGGCAAGUGACUCAACUUCCAGAUUUCCAAGGCCUUUAGUUUUUUUUGUUGUUGUUGUUGUUGUUGAUAAAAUAGUUUUAGAUUUACUAUAGUCUCUCCUGAGACACGUGACUGUAAAACCUCAAGUCUGGCACAUAUUUUAAAAGACAUCUAAUCCAAUUCACAACUCAUAUUGAAAUUGCCUCUGUAGCAUUUCUGUCAUGUAGUCAUCACUCUCUGUUUUUUAUCUCUUUGAUGGGGAUCUCACUACUUUCCAGAUAGACCAUCCCAUUCCUGGGCCAUAACUCAACAAAAUCAACUCAAUGAAUAUUUAUUUAGCAUCCACUAAGUGCCAGGUGCUGGAGUUUUUGAGAAGGGCAUUAAUCACAGUCCCAUUCCCUCUGGGUUGUAAAGCAAUUAAGAAAUAGCACAACAGUUAGAUGGGGUCUUGUAGAUGCCAGCUUUGUUGCCAAUAAUUAUACAUCAGGAAAUGGGGCUUCCUCCUGAGCCCAAGAGCUUCCUGAUAUUCUGUUUCCAAGACUAGAGUGUGUGUCAUUCCUGAGGGGAAAGAGGAGUCUGCAGAGUGGACACACAUCCAGCCACUCUAUGGAGGCUUGAGGUCUACCUGAGAGCUCUCAUAUCCAGAGGGCCCAGAGCCUCAAAGUGGGAAGAUACUUGAAUAUGUGGUCUUAAAAACAUCAUUCCUGCUUUGUAGAGUAGUGGGCAUCAAAGCUGUCACACUGCUGCCAUCUCAUCUUUUCAAUCAGUCCCUCCUGUCCUGCCCCAGUCCAGCCCUCUUCCCAGCACAUUUUUCUUGUAGAAACUUGGCUUCGAAUGAACACUUAUAUUUCUUCUGUGAUGGCUGAAGGUGAGCAGCCUGUGAGUAGUGGCGUGUCUUCUGCUACUUUCUGAAUAACAAGGAAUUCAUGGAGCCUCCACUUAGUGCCUGGCUCUGUGCUGAGAGUCUCAGGAGAUCCACCAAUGGCCCUGCGAUUGUCACCGUGUUUAUAGAUGAGAAAACUGAGGCUCAGAGAAGGAGCGUGCUUAUCUGACUUAUCACCUUCAUGAACCGCAUCCACACUCAGGUGAGCCUGCCCUCAAAGCCAUGUUUAUCUGACUUCUUGGCAUCAAGAUGAUGUUUGCCUUUUGUUAUUUGACUCUCCCUGAGUAAAAGGACCAUUGGAGAAUCCAUGCAAUCUUUGGAGUUUCUGAAGGCAAAUUCAGGAUCAGGUAGUUGAGGGACUCUUGUGGGUGAAUAUAUCUCAGAGGUCCAGUAAGCCUAGACUCUGUGGUUGCAAGUGAUAAAGUCUGUGUUUUCCCAAGACGAGGCACAAAGGAGACUAUAUGGGCUCAUGUCAGUAGACCAUGUGAUGGGCAGGUUAAAGAGAAACCAGGGGAACAUUCAGAUCCCACCAGCAUUCCCUUUUUCAUCCCUUUUUCUCUUUGCUUGCCAGCUUUAUUUUUUCAGACCAGCUUCCCUGAGGGCAUGGAAACACGAUUGCUACCAGCCUGAAACUCACCUUCUGAUUGUUUUGGGCUCUUCUUCUUCAACUGUCAUCAAUUUCCAGGAAAGGGUCCUGAUUGGCAGACUCAGGGUUACAUGUCAGUCCCUGGACCAAUCACUGUGACAGAGAGUGAACAAUUUUGAUUGGCUCAGCCUGGGUCAGGGGCCUCUCCCUGCACAGCUAACUGGAGGGACAGCUUCUCUUGGACUGGAGAACUCCUUUGGUCAUCAGGGUGGCUGUGAUGGUGCUGGGGUGGAGGGGAGGCACAGAGGCCCUGGACAGCAUCUUAGGGCAUCUUAGGCCCUACUGGAUGUGUGAUCCUUGCUCACCACUGAUUAAGAAAUAGGCUUGAGGUGUUUUUAUAGCAGUAACUUAUGCACAUUGAGCCUACAGCUCUACAUUAAGGUAAAGGAAAGCAUCCUAAAUCCUGAUCUCAAUCUGGUCUAGAGGUGCUUUGUGACAUUUUCAUAAAUAGAUAAGCUCUUAGUCAACUAGCAUAAAGAACAAGGAACAUUUCUCUCUUUCCCUAGAGGUUUUUUGCGAUAUGAGGACUGUUAUAGAACUGGCCUUGUUGCUGACUGCUUUCUGGGGCUAUAUCCUUGGGGCAGCCGCAGAGACAAUGCCAGGGCGAUUAUCUAGGAAGGCUGCUGGGAUGUUGAACCCAUGUCCCUCAAACCCGUCCCCAGUCCCGGUGGCUGUAUACUGAGGACUAUAAAGAGCAGAGGCUACCAGGGAGUAUUGGGGGUGCCCCACUGACACCACAAGCCCAGCAGCACAGGAAAUAAGAGACUGGCCAGGAAUUCAGCCUCCAGAGGAGGAGAUCCAAGAUCUAUAUGGCAGAAUGGCUCUCAGUCCAGAGCAAGACCAAGCUGUCAUCUCACGGAAGGUAGGAAUAUCUUGGAGGCGAUAAUUUGCCCAUCAGAAAUAGCAUUGGCCCACCAUGGAAGUAUGGAUAUGGGGAGUCUGAGAAGCAGGCGGGAAGUGUCCUCUGAGCAUUGUUCAGGGGAAAGGGUGUGCUGACCCCAGAAUAUGACCUGCCUGGUUUUAGUGGCUCUGUAUCCUUGAAAUGGAGAUGGAAAUGUCAGGCUGGCUAGAAGUUCAGUGCCAUGGAACACUCAGAUAAUAUAACUAAUGUCCCCCAUUUUGAUUCCUUUCUUACCAAGCCAAUUUCUAAUUACAGGUGAUCUGCAGGGAUAAACUGGCCAAUGGAAGUAUUGUCUGAUAUCGCUGGCUGUUGUUCUCGCUAUAUAGUAAUCAGUUAGCAUGCCAGUGUAUGUAUGUAUCAGUUUAGUUAAUGUGAGUCUACCUAUGGGGGUGGAGACCCUGAAAAUAAAUGAUUCACUGAUGGUGAAUUCCAUCCCAUGAGAGCACACAGCAGCCAGUUGCCUCUCCUGCAGAUAUCUGUCUUAGCUUUUCUUCAAACACAUGGGGGUUCUGUGAGUGGCCAGCACAAGGUGGGCACUAGGAGGGAAAUCAGACAAGCUCCUACAUUUCACAGAAGGUUCACUAUUCAAGCUCCCGUUUGGUCAAAGCGCUGAGCCAGGUGCUAUAUUCCUGCUCUAUGUGUUCCCCACAGUACCUGGCUCAGGGCUUCUUUCCCUUUUUAGUAGACAAGUAGGGAACACACACUGAUGACCAAAAACAAGGCUCUAGUAACCUUCAUCUGCAGCCGUUUUAGAGCUUACAGUGUUCUCUCUUGCCUAUGACCUCAUCUCGUUGCUACAGAAAUCCAAAGUUUUUGUUUGUUUGGAGGCAGAGUCUUGCUCUGUCACCUAGGCUGGAGUGCAGUGGCGUGAUCUCGGCUCACUGCAACAUCCACCUCACAGGCUCAAGCGAUUCUCCUGCCUCAGCAUCCCGAGUAGCUGAGAUUACAGCUGUGCGCCACCACGCCCAGCAAAUUUUUGUAUUUUUAGUAGAGCCAGGGUUUCACUAUGUUGGCCAAGCUGGUUUCGAACUCCUGACCUCAGAUGGUCCGCCCGCCUCAGCCGCCCAAAGAAAACACCAAAGUUUUUGAAAGCAAGUAUUGUUUAAUCAAAUUACAGAUGAGAAAAUGAGACCAUAAGUGAUUAGCAGGUUUGCACAAAGUCCCUCUUCAGUGAAAGAGCCAAAGUUUGAACAGACAUUUGUUCAACUUCCCAGUUUUGACCUUUUCCGUGUGCCCAAUGGUUGUCCUUAGUUGUCGAUCAAUAUUUUUUUUCUGAUGGUCCUUCUGCCUGAAAUCCCUCUCCCUUCCCCUUCCUUCCCUUCCUCUCCCUUCUCUUCUUUCCACCCUCUGCCUUCUCCCAGGUCUGCCAGUUAAAAUCCUACUUUUUUUGGCAGAGGGCUGUGGGUGGGGGGGUGUGGAGUUUCACUCUUGUUGCCCAGGCUGGAGUACAGUGGCGCGAUCUCGGCUCACUGCAACCGCUGCCUCCCAGGUUCGAGCGAUUCUCCUGCCUCAGCCUCUGGAGUAGCUAGGAUUACAGGCGCCCACCACCAUGCCUGGCUCAUUUUUUGUAUUUUUAGUAGAGACAGUGUUUCACCAUGUUGGGCAGGCUGGUCUCAAACUCCUGACCUCAUGAUCCGCCAGCCUCGACCUCCCAAAGUACUGGGAUUAAAAUCCUACUUUGUGUGCUUCACUCUCAUGCCAUCCCUUCAAUGAAUCCAAACCAGCCUUCCUGGGACAUCAUGCCCAGUGUGGAACUGGGGUCAGGGCAGCGUGCCGUGAGCACCAACUCCCUUUCCCUAUACCGUCCCAAAGACAGAAAUAACCCUAACUAUAGGAACCACCAUCAACUGUCAAAAACUCAUGAAAUCAGCUAUGAAAAUCGUGACACGAGUCACUGAGUAUUUUUGCCACAACAGUGUUAAAAUAGCAUAAUCUUCAUAAAAAAUGAAAAAUAAAAUCAAAGAAAAAGGAUGAGCCCUUUGGCAUAACUGUUGUUAUCACUUACUUGCGCCACCUUGUGGUCCGAUCUGUCACCCCCAGAGCUAAGGAACACCUCCCUGCAAGCAUUAUGGUGCCAGGGUGCCCACAGGCAACCUCUGACUUAGCCCUCACAUGAGCCCCGGGCAGUGAGUUUCCUAAGCGAGUCUUGCUCUGUGUUCCUGAACUCGCCAGAGGUUUCCAGCAUUAGCAUUGUUGACAUUUCUGGCCAGGUGAGUCUUUGUUGUAGGAGUCUUGGUCCUGUGCAUUGUAGAAUGUUUAGCAGCAUCCUUGCCCACUAGACGAUCGCAGCACCCCACCCACCUGUGACAACCAAAACUGUUUCCGGGCAUUGCUGAAUGCUCCUUGGGGGGUCAGGAUCAUCCCUUUGUCCCCUAUUUCUGCUCCUAACACCCUGCGCCUGGUGAGAACCACUGUCUUACAGCACUGCUUGGAUGUAAAACCCAGAUCAGCUGCUUUCUUCUCUGUAACUUUGGGUAAGUUACAUAAUCUCUCUGAGCUUCCUCAUCUAAACAUGGGUUGAAAACGGUGCCACCCUCACAAAUGCAUGGGAUUUUUUAUUAGGAUUAAUUGAGUUAAUUCAUAAAACGAGCCCAAACCAUGGCUUGGCAAAUGGUAUGUUCUGCACACUUGUGAGCUAUAAUGCCGACUCUAAGACUACUGACUUCCUUCCCUGCUGAGAGGGGUGCGGUGGGGGUCAUUUGAAGUCACCCCAGAUGGAACUGAAGAAACUGAGUCUUAAAGAGCAGAAGCGAUUUGCCUACUGUCAGCUGGCAGGUCCAGAAUUUAAAUUCACAUCUGUUGGAACCCAAAGUGAUUUUCUUAUCCCUAUAGCCAGUGCCUCUCAGGGAAAGAAGCAAAACUGAGUCAAGGAGCCUGACUCUGGUUCAGUGAGCGGGAUGCUUCUCAAGCCACAGCCUAAGGACAGUCACCUGCUUCCAAGUGGUCACAGUGCCACCCAUGAGAAGGGCAAAGCUCCCUCACUUGUGCCCUGAGUUGUGCAGCCUGAGCUGUAGCAGAUGACCCUCAUGGUCAUCCAUUGGGAGGGCCUACUUCCAGCCCCACAGCCACUAUGGAGGAGGGAACACCUACAUUUGAAGGAUUCUGGGGUCUCUGGUAGUGAGCCCUCUCCGUGGGGUUCAUUGGGCUCACUAAGGGGUGAGCCCAUCAGUCUCUGAGUGAGGUUGACUUUCGUAGAAAUUAGAGAGUUGGGGCAGGUGUGGGGGAGAUUGCUUUCCAUUUGGAUUUGUUCACCACAGUAUCCCCAGGGAUGUAGUUUUUGAUUGAGUAAAUUUAAGAAACGAAGAAGGAGAAUGGUCCUUGGGGUCACACACAAACCAGUUUAGCCCUGGAUCUAACACUGGCUAAGCUCUAUGAUCUCUGGCAAUUUAUGUCUAUGAGUCUCACUUUCCUCAUCUGAAACAAUGGGAAUAAUCCAUCCCAGCCUUGGGGAUUGAGGGUUGGACAUAAAUGGGAUCAUUUGUGUUACUGUAACCUAGAGAAUGCUUAGUGCUUGGCAGAUAUUCAAGUUGUAUUAAUGGGAUCUGUCACUGUGGGGGAAGAAGAAAUGUGUGAGAGUGGAGGUGUGGGGAAGGGAAGGGGUGGUGAGGGAGGCCAGGUCCCUAGUUAUUAGUGGUGGGGUGUGAGUAGGUCAGGUGGGUGAAGCGUCGCUACCUGGAGUCUGAGGCCAACCCCUGAGCUUCCUGUCAUUAGCCACACGAAUAGAUUUGCUUUGUCAAAAAAAAAUUCCUCUCUCUUGAGUUUUCAAUUUUAAAUUCUAAUAAAAAAAAUAGGACUUAGAAUUCCAGAAGAGAAGGCUGGUAGAAUUGCAUGGGCACUUGGGGUGAGGGUUUGGUAACAUUUCCUCCAUGGCCACCUAAACCAAUACCAGGUAGUGUUUGUCUAAGACUCACAUGCGUGAGGAAUGCUGACUGACCACCCUAGAUGCCCUAGACUGUUUCUCAGGAAGGGAAGAACAAGGAAAAGGAGAUGGAAAAUGCAGACCCUUCUUUCCUCUCUGGUGCACUCUGAGGUGCUCCCAGGAAAGAGUCCCGCUUGCCUGGUUGGCAGGAUCCUUGGUAGGAUGUUGUGGUGCCCACCCUUACUGGGAGGAGCAGAUGCAGCGGCCCCUGCUUUGGAAUCAGCGCCAUCUGGGUGCUCAUUGGCCAGGUGAUUACAACAGGUAGCUCGGCCUCAGUGGACUUCAGGAUCUUAUCUGUAAACCCUUCUGUCCCUGGGAUGUUAGGAAGACCAGAACAAAGGGAAGCUGAAACAUUUGGCAGGGGCACCAGCUAGGGCGAGUUACAGCAAAGUAUAGCAAGCAUCACCAGGGCCGAAGCCCCUGGCCCCUCCCCACCAGGAAUUCUGAAACCCUGACAUUUUCUCUUGGAAGGAACUUGCUUGCAAUGGGGUGAUUGGGUCUGUGUGUCAACUUGUGCAGAUAUUACAUGUUCCGAACUCUUCAGUGUCUGUAAGAUGUAUCCAGACUGCCAACAAUGUUUGUAUUCACCUCACUAAGUGUGCCAUUUGGGAGUGGGGAGGCACCUUACACUUCAGUAUCAUUUCACAGGUCGGAAGUAAUGUUCGCUGCUCCUUUUCACUCUCAAAAGAGGCUCCAUUUAAAUGAUUCAUUACAUGUUUCCCCAUCCAUGAAGCAUGAUCUUGCUUCAUGCAGAGUAAGAAUUCCAGCUACGCUCUUACUAGUGGUGUAGCCUUCAGCAUGUCAUUUCACCUCUGAGUACAUCAGUCAGCUGUUUUCACAAAAAUGCUGUGUAACAAGCUGUCCCCAGUUGUCAGCGGCUCAAAACAACCUUUUAUUCUCCUAGAUCUGCAGGUUGGCUUGGGUGGUUCUGCUGAUCCUGGCUGGGCUUGCUCACAUGCUUUCAGGAAGAAUAUAGCUGCUUAAACAAGGCUGGGCUUGGCUGGAUGGCUUUGCUUCCAUCUGCAGGUCUGCUCUGCAGGUCUCCUGGGCUGGAUCUGUUCCAUAUGUGGAGUAAUUAGGGCAUGUUCUUUCAGUGCUUGGUAGAGGUGUAAGAGGGGAAACCCAAAUGCGUAUGCAUAUCCCAAGCCCCUGCUUGCAUCACUUCUGCUAACAUCUUAUAAUAUUUUAUUAGUCAAAAGCAAGUCACAUGACAAGUCCAGAUUGAAGGAACAGGGAAGUCCACUUUGUCAGUGAUGAGUCACAAAGUACAGCAGACUUCUUUCUCUCUUCUCUUUCUGUUCUUCCCCCCUGUCAUCUAUAAAGUAAGGAAAAAUACAGUGUAUCUCUCAUCUAUGCUUCUGAUUUUGUGGGUUGUUCCAUUCCAUUUGGAAGUCACUCAUUAGAUACUAGUUUAAUGUAAAGGAAAUCUGUCUUCACAGUCUCCCCAUUAAAGUGGAAUAGAAACCGGGCAACUUAGCCACAUAUGCUGCCUGAGUCGUUGACUUGCUGUGUGACCUUGGGUAGGCCACUUCACCUCCCUGAGCAUCAGGGACCUGGAUGAGUCUCUUCCGGCUCUGACAAUCUGCAUUACUAUGACAAGCUCCCAGGGCGGAAGUGUGGAAGGGCUCUCAGGGACCAUCUAGCUCAGCCUCUUGCUUUUACAGGUGAGGAAACCAAGGCCGUUGGAAACAGAUUCAGUUCCACUUGGCUUUUCUGAAAGAGUCAGAUUAUCUUGGUGAAUAUUAAUAGCUUCUCAUAGCUAGUGAUAGGUGGGCCCCGAGGGUACAGGUGGGAGACUAUCUGUUUCCUUCCCCAGAAACUUGUGUGCACAUGGUAUGUUACAGUGAAAGCAAGUUUAGGACUAAAUUCUGCCAAAAUGUGGACAUUCACUACCACAUAUGUGAAAAGCAAGGCAAAGGAAUGAACAGUAUUGCAAACUAUUUACUAGCCUAGAAAGUCAAGAAAGAGUCACUUUCACGUGAACAUGAUGAUCUUUUGAAGCAGGACUGCCUGGUUAGUGUUCAAUCAGAUGACAGAGCCCUCUGUGAAGAGGAGAGAAGGUGGAUCCGCCAGGCUCUGCACCUAUGGAAUAUGGUAGCCACUAGCCACAUGCUGCUGCUUGCAUUGAAACUAAUUUAAAUGGAAUACAAUUAAAAUUUUAGUUUAUGCACAUUACAAGUGUUCUGCAGCCUGAGGUGGCCGGUGACACCAUAGUGGUGCAUAGAUGUAGCAUGCUUCUCCCGUCACAGAAAGUUCUGUUGGACAGUGCCCUACUGGAUUUCCCAUGCAGCAGAGAAACCCUCAGUUACAAGGCUUGCCAGAUUCUAAUGUAAAUACUGUUUAUUUCACCCAUGAAAACUUAUCUCUAACAGCCCUUAUCCAAGUCCAGCAAACCGUCUGUUGCAAAUUUACACAGAUAUUUUAAGGGCUAAGUAACCACCUUUGAAGGCGCUGAUUCCAAAUUAGGGCAGUUCAUAUCCUGGCUUACAAUCCUGGCAGCAUUUUUUUGUUCAUUAGCAGCUGCAAAUAGUAAUUCACUUCUCCUAGGGUGGGACUUAGAGUUAACUUGUAGGAGCAGAUCACAGUCUUCAUAAUGAAGAAUUUCGAUUAUAAAUUACAAUGUAGGAAAUGCAAUAAGACUCAGAGAAGUGUCCAACUCUUCCCUGCCUUGGAGCAUCCUCAAGGUCUGUUCCCCUGAUCUGGAAUAGUGGGCUUUCCUCUUUUUUUUUUUUUUUUUUUUUUAGAUGGAGUCUCGCUCUGUCACCCAGGCUGGAGUGCAGUGGCACAGUCUCGGCUCACUGCAAGCUCUGCCUCCCAGGUUCACACCAUUCUCCUGCCUCAGCCUCCCGAGUAGCUGGGACUACAGGCGCCCGCCACCACACCCGGCUAAUUGUUUGUAUUUUUAGUAGAGACGGGGUUUCACCGUGUUAGCCAGGAUGGUCUCUAUCUCCUGACCUCGUGAUCUGCCCGCCUUGGCCUCCCAAAGUGCUGGGAUUACAGGCGUGAGCCACCGUGCCUGGCCGGUUUUCCUCUUUUUACCUGGAAAACUUUUAUCUGAUAUUUUCUAUCUCAGUUUAAAGAGUAGUUAUUUAAAACAAGAUCUUCUUUGAUGAGUUAUGUAAGUUAGGUUGCUGCUGCCCUUUGCUCUGAGGGGCCUGUCCUUUCACCUCAUAGCAUUUGUCACCAUUUGCCAUUGUGUAUUGCCUUAUGUCUUUAUAUAUACCCUUUUUUACUCCCUCCCCCACUAGCAAAUAAUUCCACAAGGUCAAAGAACACAACCGUGUUGUUCACUGUUGUAUUCCAAGAAUAGGAGCAUUAGCAAAGAGCAAAGCGAGCAAAUGCAGUGUUAUAGGAUAAUCACCAUCAUCAUCACUGUCACCAUCACCAUCGCAUCAUCAUGCCUGGAAAGAAGAUCAUGCAGAUUCCUACAACGAAGAGAAGUAAGCUUCUCUCUUGGUGCUUCUCUCUUCUGAUUGUUCAAGGCUUACCUUCUUAUCUUUUUGGAGGGUUCCUGAUUGUCCUGGGGUGCUUGAUUCUGGCUGUCCUGACCACAUUCAAGGAGUAUGAGACUGUCUCGGGAGACUGGCUUCUGUUACUGGAGACAUUUGCUAUUUUCAUCUUUGGAGCCGAGUUUGCUUUGAGGAUCUGGGCUGCUGGGUGUUGCUGCCGAUACAAAGGCUGGCGGGGCCGACUGAAGUUUGCCAGGAAGCCCCUGUGCAUGUUGGACAUCUUUGUGCUGAUUGCCUCUGUGCCAGUGGUUGCUGUGGGAAACCAAGGCAAUGUUCUGGCCACCUCCCUGCGAAGCCUGCGCUUCCUGCAGAUCCUGCGCAUGCUGCGGAUGGACCGGAGAGGCGGCACCUGGAAGCUUCUGGGCUCGGCCAUCUGUGCCCACAGCAAAGAACUCAUCACGGCCUGGUACAUCGGUUUCCUGACACUCAUCCUUUCUUCAUUUCUUGUCUACCUGGUUGAGAAAGAUGUCCCAGAGGUGGAUGCACAAGGAGAGGAGAUGAAAGAGGAGUUUGAGACCUAUGCAGAUGCCCUGUGGUGGGGCCUGAUCACACUGGCCACCAUUGGCUAUGGAGACAAGACACCCAAAACGUGGGAAGGCCGUCUGAUUGCUGCCACCUUUUCCUUAAUUGGCGUCUCCUUUUUUGCCCUUCCAGCGGGCAUCCUGGGGUCCGGGCUGGCCCUCAAGGUGCAGGAGCAACACCGUCAGAAGCACUUUGAGAAAAGGAGAAAGCCAGCUGCUGAGCUCAUUCAGGCUGCCUGGAGGUAUUACGCUACCAACCCCAACAGGAUUGACCUGGUGGCGACAUGGAGAUUUUAUGAAUCAGUCGUCUCUUUUCCUUUCUUCAGGAAAGAACAGCUAGAGGCAGCAUCCAGCCAAAAGCUGGGUCUCUUGGAUCGGGUUCGCCUUUCUAAUCCUCGUGGUAGCAAUACUAAAGGAAAGCUAUUUACCCCUCUGAAUGUAGAUGCCAUAGAAGAAAGUCCUUCUAAAGAACCAAAGCCUGUUGGCUUAAACAAUAAAGAGCGUUUCCGCACGGCCUUCCGCAUGAAAGCCUACGCUUUCUGGCAGAGUUCUGAAGAUGCCGGGACAGGCGACCCCAUGGCGGAAGACAGGGGCUAUGGGAAUGACUUCCCGGUCGAAGACAUGAUCCCCACCCUGAAGGCCGCCAUCCGAGCCGUCAGAAUUCUACAAUUCCGUCUCUAUAAAAAAAAGUUCAAGGAGACUUUGAGGCCUUACGACGUGAAGGAUGUGAUUGAGCAGUAUUCUGCCGGGCAUCUCGACAUGCUUUCCAGGAUAAAGUACCUUCAGACAAGAAUAGAUAUGAUUUUCACCCCUGGACCUCCCUCCACGCCAAAACACAAGAAGUCUCAGAAAGGGUCAGCAUUCACCUUCCCAUCCCAGCAAUCUCCCAGGAAUGAACCAUAUGUAGCCAGACCAUCCACAUCAGAAAUCGAAGACCAAAGCAUGAUGGGGAAGUUUGUAAAAGUUGAAAGACAGGUUCAGGACAUGGGGAAGAAGCUGGACUUCCUCGUGGAUAUGCACAUGCAACACAUGGAACGGUUGCAGGUGCAGGUCACGGAGUAUUACCCAACCAAGGGCACCUCCUCGCCAGCUGAAGCAGAGAAGAAGGAGGACAACAGGUAUUCCGAUUUGAAAACCAUCAUCUGCAACUAUUCUGAGACAGGCCCCCCGGAACCACCCUACAGCUUCCACCAGGUGCCCAUUGACAAAGUCAGCCCCUAUGGGUUUUUUGCACAUGACCCUGUGAACCUGCCCCGAGGGGGACCCAGUUCUGGAAAGGUUCAGGCAACUCCUCCUUCCUCGGCAACAACGUAUGUGGAGAGGCCCACGGUCCUGCCUAUCUUGACUCUUCUCGACUCCCGAGUGAGCUGCCACUCCCCGGCUGACCUGCAGGGCCCCUACUCGGACCGAAUCUCCCCCCGGCAGAGACGUAGCAUCACGCGAGACAGCGACACACCUCUGUCCCUGAUGUCGGUCAACCAUGAGGAGCUGGAGAGGUCUCCAAGUGGCUUCAGCAUCUCCCAGGACAGAGAUGAUUAUGUGUUUGGCCCCAAUGGGGGGUCGAGCUGGAUGAGGGAGAAGCGGUACCUCGCCGAGGGUGAGACGGACACAGACACGGACCCCUUCACGCCCAGUGGCUCCAUGCCUCUGUCGUCCACAGGGGAUGGGAUUUCUGAUUCAGUAUGGACCCCCUCCAACAAGCCCAUUUAAAAGAGGUCACUGGCUGACCCCUCCUUGUAAUGUAGACAGACUUUGUAUAGUUCACUUACUCUCACACCCGACGCUUACCAGCGGGGACACCAAUGGCUGCAUCAAAUGCAUGCGUGUGCGUGGUGGCCCCACCCAGGCAGAGGCUUCCCACAGCCUCUUCCUCCCCAUGUCACCACAACAAAGUGCUUCCUUUUCAGCAUGGUUUGCAUGACUUUACACUAUAUAAAUGGUUCCGCUAAUCUCUUCUAGGAUACACAUUUAUCUGCUGUUCUUACUUUUAAUCACGAUUGGACCAGUACAGGGAGAAAUUACUGAUGAGCCAUGCUAUUUGUCUGUUUGGUUGGCUGGUUUGGGUUUUGGUUUGGUAAGCAGAGAAAGUAGUUUAAGUUAUUUCUAGGAUCACUGCCCUCUUGUGUAAAACACUCCAGCGAUUAACUGUUUUUGAAAGCAAGGAAAUAAUUUUCUCAACAAAACCACAUUGUGUAUCAGUGGGGCUGCCUACUGAGCUAACAUUAGGAAAGGAAUGAGAUAGUCAUUGUGUCUCUAAAACAAAGAAUUUAAACAAAUAUUUAAGGCAAAACCUUUUAAAAGCUCUCCAAAAGACCUCCCUUGGCCUGAUGUUAUUUAGUAUCAUGCCUCAGUUUCCUUAUCUGUAAAAAGUGGUGGUAAUCCCAAGUGUAGCAUUUCUGAUGAGUUAUGAAUUGGCAGAGAGAAAACAUGCACACACACACACACACACACAAAGUUAAAAUAGUUUCCAAUUUAUGUAGCCAAGGACAGUGGAAUUUAUCAGAAGUGAAGUGCCCCUCUGGGCAGGAGCUAAGUUCAGUGCCUUUAAAAUGAAGUUCCAACUCCCAUUUCUUCCCAUGAUACUGAAGGACAAAAUAUCCAUCUAAAAUAGAAAUUAAAGUCAAGAAGGCACACAGAAAUUAUCUAGUCCAAGGACUUCCUUUUAUAAAUGAAGAAUCUUAGGCUUAGGUAAAGUGACACACCCAGAGUCACUCAGUUGUCCCAUGGAGAACCAGGACUCAAAAGUCAGGUCUGCUCACUCUCCCUGCCCUUGUUUCCCCUCACCACACCACUCUUCCAUUUAUAUAAUGCAUCCUAGAGACUGUGUCAAGAUAUAUGACUUUGUGUCGUGUGGAAAGCACUCAAUUUAUCCAGCAAGAGAGGGAUUUCCACUUUUAUUGCAAAACAUGCUUGCUUGAUGCAAUGCAUUUUAGAUCUGGAAAAAAAUAAUACAAGCAAACUACAUUUACGGAUGUGUAAACAGGCAAAAUUUCCAGAACCAUCCAAUUUUACUUUUCCAAAUUUAUGGAACCAACCCAGAUUUUAAAAAUGAAAAUACUAAAACCAUAUGUAACCGUAGGACAAGCUAAAAUGUAAGCAGAGAGCCUGGGAAGCACUGCCCUACUGUACAGGUGUGAUAUUAAGCACAAGCCAUUCUCUGGCCUCUUAUGAGAUGGUGUUAUGCUCUGAAAAACUUUGAUGGAAAAGGUUUCUGUUAGGCUUAGACUGAAUUAGCUAAAUGACCACACCACAGUAUUAUUGUAUCACUCUUCUCACACACCUAGGCACUGAUUGUGGAUAGUUGCCAUAGUGACAAUCAAGAUAAUCCAGAUGACCUAAACAAAUGUCUGUAUGCAGCUGACACCGCUAUUCUCCCUCACAGUCUUGUCAAGAGCCACAGUAGCUAUGGCAGACGUUUGGUUGAUGGCUUCAUCAUUUCCUAAUACAAGAGUUUGGCACUAUGUUGGAGACAGGAAUCACUUCCUCAGAGAUAGGUUCCUUUCAACUCACAUGUCAACGGUUACUGUACGAAAAGCUCAGAAUACAGUAAUGAUUAGAGCUUGACCCCUGACUUUAGGAACUUAGAACCAAAGCCCGAAGUCCCAGGCCAAGGGCAGACAUUGUGAGUGGCAGAAGGGUGUUUUUUAUGGAGAGCCCUACAAAUGGAUGGGUGUAGACCUUGAAGUCUGAGAUAGGAAAUACACCAGAAUGCUCAAUGCAUCAGACAUGAAGCCCGUCCCCUAUGGGUUUCCAUUUGACGUGCUGGCAAUCUGAAGGAUAAAGGGCAUGGGUUAUUUGGGCCUCUUCCCCACUCCUUCAAUAUGGCUGAAAGUGCCACUGGGGAUUACAACCUAAGAAACCCUAUGCCCCUUCCUGAGGGCUUGAUUAUUGAAUCCUGAUCUUCCUGGAAUCUUUCACUUGAGAUGAUCACCUGCUUAACAUCCAACAUGUUACUAUGCUUUUCUUUAUGUACACGAGUUACUGGAAACCAACAAUAAAGGAGAGUGAGUCAUACUCUCCACAUAUGCACCAAUUAAUUUUUUUAACUUAUUAAUAUUCUUGAAGAGCUUACUAUCUUAAGUAUUUCACAAAUAGAUGCAUUUUCCAGCAACUCAAUGGAGUUCUAGCUUAAAGUAUUUACCAUUGAUCCAAAAUUGGAGGAACUACCUUAGGUUCUUUUAAUAACCUAGAAAGGAUUGGAGCUUGUAUUAUUUCCUAAACCAUAGGCAGGCAGUCUAGCUUCCCUGCUGGAUCAUAAGACCAGGACAGCAGAGAUUGGGUUUGUAUUGAUAGUAGUAGGGAAGUAUUGAUCGUCUAACAUCUAGUAAGUUGUCUUUAUCAGUAUAGACGUAGACAAAAUGAAUGUUUUAUGAAUGAAUAAAUAAUAAGAACCUUAAGAGCUGUUUUUUUCCCAUUUAAGAAAACAGAAAGGAAAAGAGAAAAAUGAUCUUCUGGAAUAACUCUGCUUUGAUAUUCUCCUUUUGUUCCCCAAAAACUAUAUUCCAGAAAGGCAAACCAAACCUGCUCAAGUUGCCUACGCAUAGACAAUCUCAACAACAUGGCUCACAGUGAGCAAGCAGAAAUUUAGGGCCUGGAAUUGAAUGUGAGUUAUGAGAAGAAACAGUGUGUGCUUUCACAAAGAUCCUUUUGUCAGACAAAGGAACAGCAUGAUAAUCCAAUGGAAAUGGUUAACAGCGUGACCCAAGAUGAUAUGACCACAGAUAUACUAGUCGUUCUGAAACUUGCCCAAGAAAUUGCAGUUGUUUCAGCAGGACUCCAUGAAAUAUUGACAAAUUAAUUCCAUCAUCAAACUAGGAAUGAUAUUAUCAGGUAAAACUAUGAUCUCAUGUAUGUAUUUGGUCUUUCUGGGUCACAAUGUGACAUGAAAAAUUUUAAAGGUCAUAUUUUAGCAAGAUCAAAAUGAAUGAGAUAAAUCAACUUCACAAAUGUUAGGUGAAACAUGAUCCUAUUGAGCUGAGAAAGAAGUACUUGAGAUCAAGUUUGAGUUUUGACUAUCAAAUGUCAGCACAAAAGCAAAUAUCAAAAGCUUAAGAGAAAAAUUAUUUCAGGAAAAGAAAAACACAUCAAAUUGAGAAAGUGCUAUUGAAUAACUUUGUUUUUAGAACUGGGAAUUUAGGCUUAUUAGACAUGGCAUUGACAUUACAAAGCCCUAGUUUUCAUGAAAACAUAACUAGAUAACCCCAAGGUGCAUAGGUUAAAAAUGAACUAAUUAAUCAACAAUUAUGCAUCCUGUGUCUAUUUUGUGCAAGGUAAUUCCUAGACACUGCAGUUUAAAAGAAUAAUUUCCUGUAGAAAAACCUAAUAUAAAAGGACCUACUCAUAAUUUGGCAAAAUCAUUCUCAUAAUUCCAUGCUACUGAAAUGGGGGUGUAAUAAAGAAAAAGUCAUUUGUUUAUUCAUUUAACAAGGUUUACUAAGCACCAAUAUAUGCCCAGAACUGUGCAGUGCACUGGAAAUUCAGAGAUAAGAAAACCAGUUUCUGCCAUCAAAAUGCUGGGAAUCUAGAGGUCUCAAAUAUCAGAGGUCCCUUCAAACUAUGUCUACCAGUAAAAUAAAAUACCUGAUUUCAUCCCUGCAAACAACUCCAUACAGACAGAAAUGCUUCCUAGCUUGGAAACUAUAGAAAAUUGAACAUGAAAAUGAGAGCAAAGAUUCUACAUCAAAAUGGCAAUGAUCCAAUCAGCCCAGUCACGUUUGAGUGGGUUGAAUGGGGACUUCGAGUUUGGAUUCAAUGCUCUGAACUUCAUAGCUCCAGAGAAGCUGUGCAAAAAAAGGGGAUUCUAGGGAAUCUGAGGAAGAUUGUUGGAGAAACCAGCUUUCUUCUUGUCUCCUAAUCCCUACUAAGAUUGAUACCGGUCAAGGAGCUGAGCUGCUUUCAUUUCAUCAUGUUGACCAAGAGAAGCUUAUGAUACAGACUAUGACACAGCACCUAUUUCAAGAGAAAGAUGUUACUCUACUUAUGGGAACCUGCAGAUCAAAUUCUCCUGGGGCAAGAGAAGAAAUUUGUUCAGCAGCCUAAGAAGUCAACUGUACUUUGGACAGUGCUGCCAAACACACCCCAGGAUUCUCCCACCCCUGUCCUUCCCCAGAAGAUGCCACAUAGCUGGUAUUUGGUUUUCAUGAAUAACCAAAGAUUCUUCUUUGCUUCCUGAACCCCAGGCAUCCUUAGGAAUUUGCUUCAUGUCCUCACUUGUCCUCGAAGGCUUGUUUUUCAGGAUGAACUUUUUAAAUCUAAGUUGUUUAUAUUCAAAUAAACCCAACGCUAUUGUUGCUGAUAUUAUACCAUUCCAAACUGAGCCAACUAGCCCCUAAACAAGCCAGCAGGCAGCCCCUCACUAAUGCCCAGUUUAGAACAUGUUAGGACCAGGCUAUCUGCAUAGCUUUAGUGGUUUUAGAAGCCAGUAAUGGCAGUGUAAAAGAGACAGGAAGCAUAUAGAGAUGACCUGGAAGAAAAUUUGAGUUUCAGCACAUUCAAAAGCCUUUGACUCUUCUGCCAUGUUUUGAUUUUCAAGUGAGACAAUCAAUGUACACAAAAAGCCCCUAGUACAAUGACUGAUGCAUACUAGGGACUGUUAUUUAUGUUAUUUUUAUGGUAUGCAUGGACUUCAUUGUCUCAAUCUUUGAUGUUGCUUAUGAACUCUAAAUUUACACCAAAAUUUUUUUUUCAGAAAAAAGAAUGGUGGAGAUAUAAUCCUAAUUAUUAAAUCAAAUACUUUCACAAUUGCUUUUUAAAUAAGUACAUCUCUGCAAAUAAAAAUGCUUACUGUUGUCUAUAAUAAAGAAGAGAAGGAAUAUUGGAAUGAAGAGAGACAGGAAUGUUGGAUCUCAGUGGCUGAGUUGUGGCAAUUCCAUUGGACGUAUAGUACCAGAUGUUGUGCCAUCUGGAUGAGGUGUAGGAGAUAAAGCCAAAUAGCAAGAAUAAAGGACUCAGGAUUUCCCAAGGGAAGUCAACUGUGCAUGGUGGCUAUCAGAAAACACCCUAGCAAUGAAUGGGGGAACUUGCAGAAGAAAGAGUUAAUGCUUGCUUAAACCUUCCCUGGGGAGAUUUGUUCCCAGGCUUUCAUGGCUUUAACCUCAGCGACCCUGUAAGAAAAUUGUGAUUCGUAUUUUGAUUUGUUAUCAUAGAUGCAAGGAGACAUAAUUUCAUGGAUUCUAAGAUACACAGAGCAAGAAGAGAUUUUGAUCACCCAGAACAAUCACCUGUCUUUUUAGAUCAACAAGCAGAAGCUCAGAGCAAAGAACAUCACACCACAUCCCUCAGUGAUUGAAGAAGUGAUUGAGUCACAUAUGGAACUCAGGUCUUCUGAUCCUUGCUUCAGAUGUUAGAGACAAAACUAAAAGUAAUAUAGCAAGUGAAAUCUAAGCAUCACUGUUGAGCCCAGAACAUUAAUAAGAACUUCCUGGCCCACUUGAGAAACUGUUAAACCAGACAUACCUUUGGGGAUUUCUUCCCUUCUCUGGAAUAAGAUUGAUGUUUCCAUGCUGUGAAAGAUGAUGAUGUUCCUUCUCCCAGAUUCCUGCUGUCUUCAAAAGGCCUAGCAAAAACCACUGCUGCUGGGUGCAGUUGAGAAAGGGAAUGAAGAAGAGCAAUCCCAUGGCCAUGCAGGGACUCCUCCCCUCCACCUCUCUGCCCUCCCCCGCUUUGCCCUCUCCUACCUUGUACCUUCUUUGUCCUGCCAUGUUUGGACUGAUUCACAUUUUUGGCCCAUCACUUGGACUCAUUCAGCUCCAGAGUCAUGCCUUAGGCUGCAUCCUCAUCUACAGGCCAAUUAAACAGGGUUUCUCCUUGAUAAAUCUCUAUGGUUUUGGUUUUAGGAAGUCAGGCAUGAUUUCUUUUGGGAUCUAUAAGACCCAAAGUGGCCAGUUUUACCAAAGGUGUCCCUUUGCACUGGGAUCUCUGGGUCUUAUUUGAGCAAAGCUUGGGUCCUCUUGCCUUGUCCCAGAGAAUCCCCAUGUUGUCAGUCCAUAAGCAGAUACUCUAGGGCCUUCACCAAAAGCUACAAAGAAGCAAACAGGACUCAACUUAGGACAUCUUAUGGUUAUGUAACUAGGAGAUUAUUUUAGGAAGUAAACAGGCCUCUGUUGGCUCAAAAGGACAUCUUCAUUGUUAGUUUCCACUUACAUUGUUCUCGGGAUAAAUCUGCCAGAAUUUGGUAGGGCUCCCCAGCAGUCCUUGUGAAUCCCUGUGAUAGGAUGUUUCAGUUCUCCUGAGUCAGGCUGAAGUGAAAGCUCCUAAGAGAUAUUCAGAAAGAAGGAUAGUCAAGUUCUAGAACAACAAUAAUUGGCCCAGUAAUUUUAAAGAUUGUCAUUCUACCUAAGCCUUCAUCCUCCAGAUAGCACUGUUAUGGGCUUAAAAUAAGCUUCAAUGGAAAUAAUGAAUUUCCUUGACACAGCCAAAAAUGGGCUGCAUAUAAGAAUAACUUGAGAAUGGCUUACAAUUAGGUAGUCAAAAGCCCAGCUCAGUGCUCAGGAAUGUAUUUGUAAUUCCUCUUAGACUUGUCGAAUGGCCUGCAAUUUGAUACCUAAGAGUAAUACAAAAUAAGAGCAUAUUUUAUUUUAAUGUUCCCUUCUCUUCCCCUGCCCACAAAAGCGAGGUCAGGGAAGGGGACAGAAACUUAUCCUAAGCGCUCCUUAUGAGUUGCCUGUGACAUGAUAGCUCUCUCUAAAGUUCAUGCAAUCCUCAUCGCAACCCCAUGAGGGAGAUGUUAUUGUCUCCAUCUUAUAGAUGAGGAAACUGAAGACAAGACCUUGUCAAAGGUCACACAUUGUAAGAAGUAGAGCUGCAUAUUUAACCAAAGCCCGUGUACCUGGAAAGCUCAUUCUCCCUCCACCUUCUUCCUCUCAAAUCAGGCCCUAGCUCCUCCACAAUGCUUCGGCCUUCCACGUUCACUCAGCUUUACAGUAAAAUGAUCACAGACCCAUGAGUUCCCUGGAGAGUAGAGUGAUGCCUGGCUCAGCUGUUCCUCUUGUCUGUUCAGCAGGCCCUUUGAGUGGCUUCACAACCCAGCUGUCAGUGGCAGAAAAUAAUGCCUCAUAAAUUAUUCACCUGGUUCACAUUGGAAUCCAUUAGCUCUCGGGGCUUGGUGUGGCUGCAGAUCAUUCACAAGUGCCCCUUGUUAUCUGCCCCCAAGGAGCUCCUGUCAUUGUUUUUAACCAAACAAGUUCAAAUAUCUCCACGUCUCUGCUGACUCUGGUCUUUUGUCUCUAGACUGUACCUUUAUUUCUGAGCUCUGAAAUUCUGCAGCAACAGGUGAGUCUAUAAAGACAUUCUGUGGGAGGCCAAAAGCUCAGAACAGCUGUGUCUCUCUUUCUCAGUAUUAAAAGAUCAAGGUUUCCCAUGGAAGCCAACCUGAUCUGGUAAUUGGGCCCUUCUAUACCCCUCUGAAUACUUUUCCAAGGAGGGGGCAGUUCCCACCCCCAUAGUUCCCCUGAGGGUUAAGAGUCCAGGUGGUGGCCAAGUUGCAAGAUUUGGGGCAGCCAUUUUGCCAAGGAUCUGAGAUUCGCUGUUGGAGAGGUGAAGUCAGCUGUGUCCCAUCCUGAAAAAUCAACUUAGAAAGACAGGUGGACUUCAUCAGAUUUGUCAGUCCUUCCUUGUUUUAAAGAGAAAAAUGAUCUCUGCCUUGCUUCAGAUAGGAUAUGGCUAUUUUUUUUCCUUCUUUUUCUAAUGUAGCAGUGAUGGAAAACACCAGUCUUUGAAUAACAAAUGGAGGUUCCCAGCGACAUGAAUCCAUUAUAUUUGAUUUUGGAUUGUAUUUUUUAACCCCUUUUUAUGGCAUAGAAUUCUGGUGCCUUGCUCCCUGGGUUUGUCUCUGUGCUACGAGUAGGCUUUCUUCACAUUCUGGCUUACAGGGGAACACAACUAUUCCACAAGUGGCCUUUAGUGCUCUUUAUAAUAUGAUUUCCUGUAAUUUUUAAACUGUAUGUGUAAUUUAUAUUCUGGCUCUGUCCAAUAUUUGAACAACUUUAAUAGGUUGAUUUCCUUAUAUAUUAUGCAAAUAAUUCUUACCUGAUUUUUUAUGUUCUAUCUUAAAUAAAUACUGCACCACUUAUUAAUAAAUAGACAUUUCAGUGAUUA